UAAUAAAAUACAAAAUGUCAGAUAAGAAAAACAAACUCUUGUUAUGGAAAGCCACUGAGACUGGCAAACCUGAUCUUAUCCCCAAAAUUUUAGCUAAGGGAAUCUCAAUUGAUGAACCUCUCACAGAUGCUGGCAUGGUUGGGCUCCAUUUAGCAUGUGCUCAAGGAGAUUUAGCAUCUGCAACUAUAUUUGUAGACAACGGAGCUGAUGUGAAUAGUACAGACAAUGUGAGCAGGACUCCUCUUCAUUUUGCAGCAGCAAAUGGCAAAAAUAUCGACUUGAUAGAUUUCCUCGUGUCUAAAGGAGCAAAUGUCAAUUCACAGUCAACAGGUGGAGAUACACCAUUAAUGAAGGCGAUUAUGUUCGACAAUACAGAAGCAGCAAAAUCCCUCAUAGAUCAUGGAGCAGAUAAAACCAUAGAGAAUGCCAAUGGGAGAAAUGCAAUCAACUUUGCAGAGGCAUCGAGAAACCAGGACAUAAUUUCACUAUUUGAGUAACCAUUAAACUAAAAGUUCUUGCAGUUUAAAAUGAUCGAUAUUUCUU